AUGCCAGUGUGUAUAGAAUGCGGCGAUCCAGUACCCACACUCUAUCUAGACUAUGGAAAAGGAAACAUCAAACUCGUUCACUGUGAAACAUGUCAAACCUUUGCAGACAAAUACCUUGAAUAUGACUUUGUGAUUGUAUUUAUCGAUAUGCUGUUACAUAAGCGGCCAGUGUAUCGUCACUUGAUUUUCAACAGGCUAGAAUACUCGAGCAUAGGAUAUAAUAGUGGACUAGUCAAGCUUGGGAUUCUCUUGGUACUGUUUGAAGUAUAUAUGAAAUGGUUUCGGCUGGAUCGCAUGAAUCGAGCUGUUGCGCCAGAUAAUGUUGCACUGCAUAUGCAGUAUAUAUAUAUGUUGGGUGUAUGUACAAUGGAAACUGUUUGUUUCCAUUUGGGUGUGAGAUUGGCUGUUUCUGUACUGUUUCCGGGUAGACUCGUUUUGAAAAAUUAUAAUGAGCUUUCCAUGUCGCUCAUUCUAUCGAGUUUUGGUAAAAUCCUUCUUAUUGUCAUGGUCAUUUGGGAUUAUGGCCAAUUCGAACCAUCAAUUCUUGUCAAUCUACUUGUUUUUACAUCCAACAUUGAAGCUCUUGCCGUGUUUCUCAAAACCAGUAUACCCAUUACAGGGAUUGUAAUAGGAUGUGGCAUUGCGUGUAAACUUGCAGUGCAAUAUUGCAUUCAACUACAGGAUCCUCAUAUUGAACUCUCGUUCAUUUAA